UUUGGAAUGCAUCACAAUAACUAAUCGGUAUGGGUCGACUAGAGUAACAUUACCAAUAUGGCCGCAACCAAGGAUCCACCCGAUCCUAAACUUAAUCCCCCUAAAGCAAAAACACAAUCAAAUAGUUUUACAUACUUGUUAUUUUUCAUUACUGGAAUAAUUGCGUCGAUCCUCGUAUUGAAAUAUGGAGACAUUUCAACAGCGGCUACUGUGAAAGAUCGAAGUGAACUGAAGGAGAUCCUUGGUGAGGAGGGAAGUAUUGUAUUCAAUGCGAUCGAUCAGGACGGUGAUUUUACUUUAACACCUGCAGAGUUUGUCAACAUUGUUGAGAGACUAACGGGAAAGUUACCACCAGGGCCAAGGAUUAGACGAGUAGAUCUAGAGAAUACGGAUGAAGCUGUAGUCGAACUGAGGGCAACAUUCGAGCCAAUGUCGCUGGAAACCCUUAGGAGUGCGUCGGACGAAUACAAACCAAGUUUCUGGACUGACUCAAAGACUCUCUCGGGGAUUCGAAAAUGGGAAACUGUCAGCCAAGAAACAAAACUUUUUACAACGGCAGAAAUGUCAGCAUUUUUGCCCGAUUCUAAAAACCCUCAAGUCGGCAAACCAUGGCGCCUAUACGAGGGGUAUACAAAGAAUAUGUUUGAACCCCUGUCUCAUGAGCGAUAUCUACCUCCAAAGAUAGUGGACGCUAACGAGGCCUUCUUAAAUGAACUUCUACUUAUGUUCCAUCCCCGCCCUUUUACCCAGAUGAGGUUUGACCCAAACGGAGGCGUGGCUGUAGUGAGGGCAGAAUCCGAGAAAUGGCUUGACAUCUGGUUUAGGUUCCAUGCAGAAUUCCAACUAAACGAAGCCCCAGCGUUGCCAUUUUGGUUUACCCCUGCCCAGUUCACUGGAAACAUUGUCAUCUCCAAAGAUGGGAGUAGUGUUAAACACUUUCAUCUUUACGUACCAAGUGAUAGGAAGCUGAAUAUAGGAAAGUAUACAUUUACGCAAUUGCAACGGUCGAUUGGUAGGGGUGGAUCUAAAAAUCAAGAGGCAGGGCUCGAAUUGUGA